UUUCGCCUGCACACAGAUCGAGAAUGAUGCAUCUAAGCCUCGCCUUUGCUAUUGGCGCUGUUCUGGUCUGCCUGGCCUCAGCUGGAACCGUGGUCAUCAACGGAAGCUGCAAGGAUUGCAGUCCCCCCGUCGCCGAGACUGUGGUAGUCGGAGGCAAGGCCUACGAAUCGGGCCAACCAGGACAGGGCACCGCCUACAUCAACUCUCCUGAUGCCAAUCCAGGUGCUGUUGGAUCCACAGCAGAAGGUACACCCAGUGGCUGGGACUAUAAGGACUUCGAUGUCCGCAACGAGUUUUGAGUUUGGCCUAUAAAUGAACGGCCCAAGGCCCCAUUUAAUGUACUCGUAACCGUGUGACAUUAAUAAAGGAGCAUUCCGUAAGAGGAAAAUAUAGAACACCAA